AUGCCACCAAGAAGAACGACACGACAAUCACUGCCUACGCCAGCAGCUUCAAUGACGUCUACUCCGGGACAUAAAGAAGAUAUGGAUUCAGUGGCAAAUACUUCUUCUACUUCAAGCUCCACUACCAAAAAUCAGAGCGGAAGUCAGAAAAUAAAAGUCGAACCUGAGACUCCAACUAGCAUGGGAGACGAAGAUGGUAAUGUAGCUCUUGGAGAUGAGAUAAGCGAAGAAGAGAGUACAAGUGUCAAUGGAGCUAUGAAGAGAGAAGAUGCGCAAAAUCCUCCUUUCAAUUCCAGUCCAGAAUCAUCCUCUUCUCGGAAAUAUCGUUUGGAAUCAGUAACUAUACCAACCAAACGAUCAAAAUUAGGUCUUGAUAAAACUGAUAGUGCAGACAAUCUAACUCUGGAUUCACCAUCGACUUUCAAUGGCACUAAGGUCAAUGGUAGAAAUGUCAAAGACGAGGAUAUAGAGAUGGACGAACUAGACGAAGAUGUGAAAGCAGCUCGUUCACGCAAAGGUAAAUCAAAGGUGGAUCCAUCAGAACAAGCUCCAUUCAACAUCGGAAAAUUCUCAUCUGUGUCAAAAGCCUCAACAGCAGAUUUAUCCCUAGAUGCACCUAAACGAACUAGACUUCCAAGAGCGAGUGCAGGCAAAGUCAAAAAAGAAUUAACUCCCCCUGUAACGGAUGAGGAAUCAGUUUACGAAGAGAGGGAUGACGGACAAUACGCAAUGGAUAGUGACGAAGAAGAAAAACAACUUCAACAAGCUAUAAAAGCUUCCGCAUCCAAAUCAAACAAAAAAGCCAAAGUUGAGUCAAAGAAUUCAAGUGAAACUAGUACCCCGACUAAGAAUGGAAACGGAAGAAAAGCAAAAGGUAAUCAAGCUGCUUUGAGAUCUGCUGUAGCGAAAGCUGCUGAAAAACGACUUAAAACGUCCAAAGGAGAAGUGACUCCAUCCACAAGAGGAAACACUUCUGCGGGAGACCUUACCCCCCGUACAGUAGGAUCAAAUGCAGGAACAGAUGUAACACCUUUAUCAGAUGAUGAUUCAGGUUUAUCAACUGCCUUAUCCGACAUAUCAGCAGACGAAGCGAAGUAUUCUGAUUCUGAUUCGGAUCUUGACCUUGAAUCGGAUUCGUCAUUUGAUUCCAUACCUCAAACUAAAAAGAAGGGAAAACGCCCCUCGUCGGGAAAAUUCGUUGGAAAAGGACAAACGUUAGAUGGGAAAUCGAUAGAAGCAUUAGCCGCCGAAUUAGGUUCAGAUGGCGAAGAUUUAGAUCCUGAUGAAAUCAAAGAAAUGAGCAUCAGGAAAAUGAGAGAGAAUGCUCGAAAAGCAAGAAAAGUAGCCGACGAAGCAGCGGCUCCAAGGAAAAGGAAAGAAAGAGAAUUAAGUAAGAAACUAGGUAGAAAAUUGACGAACGGCGAAAGAAAUCUGAUCGCUCUGGCUAUGAACCACCCCGAACUCGAAGAUGUAUGGGGAGAUCUACAAUCCAACGUCGAACCUGUCAAACCAACAACAAUGGAAGCCCAUCCGUCUCUGAAACUCACGUUAUUACCAUUCCAAAAAGAAAGUUUAUAUUGGAUGAAAAAACAAGAAGAAGGUCCUUGGAGAGGUGGUAUGCUGGCUGAUGAGAUGGGUAUGGGUAAAACCAUCCAAACUAUCGCUUUACUCCUUUCGGAACCGAGAAGAAAACCAAGUUUAGUAGUUGCACCUGUAGUAGCUCUCAUGCAAUGGAAACAUGAAAUCGAAACUCAUGCUGAAGGAUUCACAGUUUGUCUAUGGCAUGGUCAAGGGAGAAUGAAAGCCAACGAAUUGAAGAAAUUCGACGUUGUGCUCUCAUCGUAUGGUACACUCGAAGCUGCUUUCCGACGACAACAACGUGGCUUCAAGAGAGGAAAUAACUUCAUAAAAGAGAAAUCGCCAAUGCAUGAACUGGAGUGGCAUAGAGUAAUUCUGGACGAAGCGCACAACAUUAAGGAAAGAAGUACGAACGCUGCCAAAGCUGCUUUCGCAUUACAUGCCAGUUACAAAUGGUGUUUGUCUGGUACUCCCUUGCAGAAUAGAGUAGGAGAGCUAUAUUCAUUGGUCCGAUUCUUAGGGGCAGACCCAUUUAGUCACUACUUCUGUAAGAAAUGUGAUUGUAAAUCGUUACAUUGGCAGUUCAAAGAUAAGAGGCAUUGUGAUCAAUGUGGUCACAAUCCCAUGAGUCAUGUCUGUUUCUGGAACACUGAAAUUCUUACACCUAUCGCAAGAUAUGGUAUAGAGGAAGGAGGACCUGGACAUACAGCCUUCAAAAAGCUCAAGAUAUUGUUAGAUAGAAUGAUGCUUCGCAGAACGAAACUGGAAAGAGCGGAUGAUUUAGGUUUGCCCCCUAGGACUAUUGUUGUACGAAGAGAUUUCUUCAGUCCCCAAGAAAAGGAAUUGUACAUGUCAUUGUUCACCGGGGCUAAGCGACAAUUUGAUACUUAUGUUGGCCAGGGAACUGUAUUGAACAAUUACUCCAACAUUUUCUCGUUGAUCACAAGGAUGCGUCAAAUGGCUUGUCAUCCUGAUCUUGUACUAAGAGGUAGAUCUAGCACAUUGACUAAUAACGCUCCUGAGGGAACAGUCUGCAGGCUAUGCAACGACACUGCGGAAGACGCAAUCAUGUCACAAUGCCACCAUGUCUUCGACAGAGAAUGCAUAAGGCAGUAUUUGGAAGUGAAGCAAUCUCGAGGCCACAGACCUGAAUGUCCAGUUUGUCAUAUUGAAAUCUCCAUCGAUCUUGAAGCGGAAGCUUUAGACCUUGAAGAGAACACUAAGAAAGCCAGACAAGGUAUAUUGAGUAGAUUGGACCUUGAAAACUGGAGGUCAUCUUCUAAGCUAGAAGCACUCGUCGAAGAGCUUGAGAAGUUGAGAAACAAGGACUGUACAAUCAAAUCACUAGUUUUCUCUCAAUUCGUGUCAUUUCUGGAUCUCAUAGCUUUCCGACUUCAAAGAGCUGGUUUCACCAUUUGCCGAUUGGAAGGUGGAAUGACGCCUCAACAGCGAGAUGCAACCAUCCAACAUUUCAUGAACAAUACCCACGUCACAGUCUUCUUGAUUUCGCUCAAAGCGGGUGGUGUAGCACUGAACCUGACUGAAGCGUCUAUGGUGUUUAUGAUGGAUAGUUGGUGGAAUCCAUCAGUAGAAUACCAAGCGAUGGAUCGUAUUCAUCGAUUGGGGCAGAAGAGACCUGUGAGAGUGACCAAAUUAGUGAUAGAAGACAGUAUAGAAGAUCAGAUCGUUCAAUUACAACACAAGAAAUUGGCAAUGACUGAAGCGGCAUUGAACAAGGAUCCUGAUGCUGCUCUUGGUAAACUGACUGUGGAGGAUUUGGGUUUCUUAUUCAAGCUUUAA